GAGCGCUAUGCCGCCUGGAUGAUCUAUGUAGGUCCAAAUCUGUCUUUUCCUCUUAUGAAGAUGAUUUCAGGAAAACUGCAACACAACUUUUUUUGGAAUUGGAAUUUUUUGGAAUGAUCCACAGUCCUUAUAUGAGACACAUAUAAGCCAUUCUUUUCCAUGCAUUCUAAAGAAAGACCGCUAAAAAGAGGCAGCUGACAAUGCAUGUAAAGGGAUCCACCUAUUUCGGCUAUAAAGCCCUGUUAAAAAAAAAAUGCCAACAAUGUUCCAUUUACAUAACGUGGCCUGCAUAUUAACCAAGCUACGACGACAUUGUUAUUUUAGUAGCUAACAUAGAAAAACUACUUUUCUAGCAUAGUGACUCAGACCACCACCGAGAGGUAACCUUAGCUAUUGGAGUUGCUGCUGCUCAGCUAGAUGCUCGUUUGCUCUCAGCAUUUUUUACCUGAGGACUAUGCUGGAUUUACCAGCUCAACGGGGAGCACAGGUCUUGUGCUGAAAGAUACAGCCAUCCCAUCAGCCAGCAUCCUAAUGAGAGCAGACAUUACGUACUCUGGUCUCUUCUGCGUGACGGUCAAUCCUUACAAAUGGCUGCCGGUCUACAACCCUGAGGUGGUCCAGGCCUACCGAGGCAAGAAGAGGAUGGAAGUACCUCCUCACAUCUUCGCGCUGUCCGAUAACGCUUACCAGUUCAUGCUAACGGAUCGUGAGAAUCAGUCCAUCCUCAUCACUGGAGAGUCCGGAGCGGGAAAGACUGUCAACACCAAGCGGGUCAUUCAGUACUUUGCCACCAUCGCCGUGUCUGCGGACAAGAAGAAGGAGAACAGCAGCAAAAUUAAGGGAACACUGGAGGACCAGAUCAUCCAGGCCAACCCCCUGCUGGAAGCUUUCGGGAAUGCCAAAACCGUGAGAAAUGACAAUUCCUCUCGCUUCGGUAAAUUUAUACGCAUACACUUUGGUGCCACCGGAAAACUGGCGUCAGCAGAUAUCGAAACAUAUCUGCUGGAGAAGUGCAGAGUGUCCUUCCAGCUCGGGGCUGAGAGGAGUUAUCACAUCUUCUAUCAACUGACCUGCAACAAGAAGCCAGAACUCAUUGAACUGCUCCUCAUCACCACCAACCCCUACGACUUCGCCUUCAUCAGCCACGGCGAGAUCACUGUCAAAAGCAUCGACGACGCUGAGGAGUUGAUGGCGACAGACGAGGCCUUCGACAUUCUUGGCUUCACCUCCGACGAAAAGAUGUCCAUCUACAAGCUCACGGGUGCCGUGAUGCAUUAUGGGAACAUGAAGUUCAAGCAGAAACAGCGAGAGGAGCAGGCGGAGCCAGACGGCACUGAAGAGGCCGACAAAGCAGCUUAUCUGAUGGGUCUGAACUCUGCUGACCUGCUGAAGAACCUCUGCUAUCCCCGUGUGAAGGUGGGAAACGAGUACGUCACCAAAGGACAAAAUGUGCAGCAGGUGUACAACUCCAUUGGAGCGCUGGCCAAAUCAGUGUAUGAGAAAAUGUUCUUAUGGAUGGUGCAGCGCAUCAACCAGCAGCUGGACACCAAGCAGCCGAGGCAACACUUCAUUGGCGUUCUUGACAUUGCUGGCUUUGAAAUCUUUGACUUCAACAGCAUGGAGCAGCUGUGCAUCAAUUUCACCAAUGAGAAGCUGCAGCAGUUCUUCAACCACCACAUGUUUGUGCUGGAGCAAGAAGAAUACAAGAAGGAAGGGAUCGACUGGGAGUUCAUUGACUUUGGCAUGGACCUGGCAGCCUGCAUCGAGCUCAUUGAGAAGCCGAUGGGCAUCUUUUCCAUCCUGGAGGAGGAAUGCAUGUUCCCAAAAUCCACAGACACUUCCUUCAAGAACAAACUUUAUGACCAACAUCUGGGCAAGAACAGCUGCUUCCUGAAACCCAAAGUGGUCAAGGGCAAGCCGGAGGCUCACUUCUCUCUGAUGCACUACGCCGGCACUGUGGACUACAACAUCAGCGGGUGGCUAGAGAAGAACAAGGACCCGCUGAACGAGUCUGUGGUGCAGCUGUACCAGAAGUCGUCGGUCAAGAUCCUAGCGAUGCUUUAUGUCAGCUUCUCUGCCACAGACGAUGCACCUUCCGGAGGCGCCAAGAAGGGGUCGAAGAAGAAGGGAGCAUCUUUCCAAACAGUAUCAGCACUGUUCAGGGAGAAUCUUGGGAAGCUCAUGACCAACCUGAGGACCACUCAUCCUCACUUUGUGAGAUGUCUCAUUCCGAAUGAAACAAAAACUCCAGGCAUUAUGGAACACCACCUGGUCAUGCACCAGCUGCGCUGCAAUGGUGUGCUUGAAGGUAUCCGCAUCUGCAGGAAAGGAUUUCCCAGCAGGAUUUUGUAUGGCGACUUCAAGCAGAGAUACAGGAUCCUAAAUGCCAGCGCUGUUCCAGAGGGACAGUUCAUGGACAACAAGAAGGCUGCUGAGAAACUUCUGGGCUCCAUCGAUGUGGACCACACGCAGUACAAGUUUGGGCACACAAAGGUGUUUUUUAAAGCCGGCCUGCUGGGUACUCUGGAGGAAAUGAGAGAUGAGCGCUUAGCUCAGGUUGUGAUGUCCACUCAGGCACGGUGUCGAGGGCACCUGAUCCGACUGGAAUACCAGAAGAUGAUGGCCAGGAAGGAGGCCAUCUACACCAUACAGUACAACUUCCGUUCCUUCAUGAAUGUCAAACACUGGCCAUGGAUGAAGCUGUACUUUAAGCUCAAACCUCUGCUGAAGAGCGCUGAGGCAGAGAAGGAAAUGGCCCAAAUCAAGGUGGACUUCACAAAGCUCAAAGAAGAUCUGGCCAAGUCAGAAAACCGGCGGAAGGAGAUGGAAGAGAAAAUGGUCUCUGUUGUUCAAGAGAGGAACGACCUUCUCCUACAAGUCCAGGCGGAGGCGGACAACCUGCUGGAUGCUGAGGAGCGAUGUGAGGGACUCAUCAAGAGCAAGAUCCAACUAGAGGCCAAGUUGAAUGAAGUGAUGGAGAGAAUGGAGGACGAGGAGGAGCUGAAUGCCGAGCUGACAGCCAAGAAGCGAAAGCUUGAAGAUGAGUGCUCUGAGCUCAAGAGGGACAUCGAUGACCUAGAACUAACCUUGGCCAAGGUUGAGAAGGAGAAACACGCUGUGGAAAACAAGGUGAGUGGAUGCUUACAAUCUCUACACUUUAGGGGACUCAUCACUUCUCACUUCCGAUGGAAGGUGAAAAACCUGACAGACGAGAUCAUGAGUCAGGAUGACGCCAUCAGCAAACUGUCCAAAGAGAAAAAAGCCCUGCAAGAAGCCCAUCAGCAGACACUGGACGACCUGCAGUCCGAGGAGGAGAAGGUCAACAUCCUCAGCAAGGCCAAAGCUAAGCUAGAGCAGCAGGUCGACGAACUGGAAGGGUCGCUGGAGCAGGAGAAGAAGAUCCGGAUGGACCAGGAGAGAGCCAAGAGGAAGCUGGAGGGUGACCUAAAACUAUCCCUGGAGUCUAUCAUGGAUCUGGAAAAUGAGAAGCAGCAGCUGGACGAGAAGCUUAAAAAGAAAGACUUUGAGGUCUCGCAGCUGCAGACCAAGGUUGAGGAUGAGCAAGCUCUUGGUUUACAACUUCAGAAGAAAAUCAAAGAGAUCCAGGCCCGAACUGAAGAACUGGAGGAGGAAAUGGAGGUUGAGCGUGCCGCUCAAGCCAAAGUCGAGAAGCAGAGGUCAGAUUUGUCCCGAGAGCUGGAGGACAUCACGGAGAGGCUGGAGGAGGCCGGAGCAUCUACUGCUGCUCAGGUGGAGGUGAACAAGAAGCAGGAGGCAGAGUUCCUCAAACUGCGUAGAGAGCUGGAGGAGCGUUCACUGCAGCACGAGGCCACGUCCGCCGCCUUGCGCAAGAAGCAUGCUGACAGUGUGGCCGAGCUGGGGGAUCAGCUGGACAACGUCCAGAGGGUCCGGCAGAAACUGGACAAAGAGAAGAGCGAGCUGAGGCUGGAGAUGGAUGACCUGUCCAGCAAUUUGGAGAGUGUGGCCAAAGCCAAAAUUAAUUUAGAGAAAAUGUGCCGUUCCCUUGAAGAUCAACUGAGUGAGGUCAAAGCCAAAGGGGAGGAGCAGCAGAGGCUCAUAAACGACCUUUCUAGCCAAAACACUCGGCUGCAGACAGAAAACGUUGAAAUGUCUCGCCACCUGGAGGAGAAGGAAGCUCUUCUCUCUCAGUUCACCCGGGGAAAGCAAGGCUUCCUUCAGCAGAUUGAGGAGCUGAAAAGGCUUCACGAGGAGAUGGUGAAGGCAAAGAGCGCGCUGGCCCACGGCUUGCAGUCCAGCCAACACGACUGUGAGCUGCUGAGGGAGCAGUUCGAAGAGGAGCAGGAGGCCAAAGCUGAGCUUCAUCGCUGCCUCUCCAAGGCCAACAGCGACGUGGCCCAGUGGAGGACCAAAUACGAGACGGACGCCAUCCAGCGUAACGAGGAGCUGGAGGAAGCCAAGAAGAAGCUGGCACUGCGUCUGCAAGAAGCAGAAGAAGCCAUGGAAGCCGUCAACUCCAAGUGCUCGUCUCUGGAAAAGACAAAGCAAAGGCUGCAGGGAGAGGUGGAGGACCUGAUGAUGGAGGUCGAGAGGUCCAAUGCCACUGCCGCCACUUUGGACAAGAGGCAGAGAAAUUUUGAUAAGGUUUUAGCUGAGUGGAAGCAGAAGUACGAGGAGAGUCAGGUAGAGCUGGAGUCAGCUCUCAAAGAAGUGCGGUCUUUGGGCACCGAGAACUUCAAGAUGAAGAAUGCGUUUGAAGAAUGUUUGGAGCAAGUGGAGACGCUCAAGCGGGAAAACAAGAACCUACAACGUAAGGCCUUCACUGAGUCGUACAUAGUUUUUAUACAUGGACGUUGCCGAAGCAACGUUGGUGUUUUUAUUCCAGAGGAGAUUUUGGAUCUCACUGAGCAGCUGGGAGAAAUGGGAAAAAACAUCCAUGAGUUGGAAAAAUCCAAGAAGCAGGCUGAGCAGGAAAAAUUGGAGGCCCAGACGUCUCUGGAGGAAGCUGAGGCCUCCUUGGAACAUGAGGAGUCCAAGAUCCUGCGAGUCCAGCUGGAGCUUAACCAGGUGAAGAGUGAAGUGGACAAGAAGAUAACUGAGAAGGAUGAAGAGCUCGAGCAAAUGAAGAGAAACAGUCAGCGGACCAUCGACAUCAUCCAAAGCAACCUGGAUGUUGAAGUGAGGAGCAGGAAUGACGCGCUGAGAGUCAAGAAGAAAAUGGAGGGAGACCUCAACGAGAUGGAGAUCCAGCUGAGCCAUGCCAACAGGCAAGCAGCAGAGGCCCAGAAACAGUUGAGGAACGUUCAAGUUCAGCUGAAGGAGGUCCAGAUUCAGCUCGAUGAUGUGCUGAGAAGCAACGAGGACAUUAAGGAGCAGGUUGCCAUGGCCGAGCGCAGGAGCAACCUCCUGCAGGCAGAAAUGGAGGAAAUCAGAGCUGCCCUAGAGCAAACGGAGAGGAGUCGCAAGCUGGCCGAGCAGGAGCUGCUGGAUGCCGGGGAAAGGGUUCAGCUUCUUCACUCGCAGAAUACCAGUUUGCUCAACGGUCGUAAGAAGCUGGAGGCGGACUUGUCUCAGAUUCACGGAGAGGUAGAAGACAGUGUCCAAACGGCCCAGAAUGCAGAGGAGAAGGCCAAGAAAGCGAUCACUGACGCCGCCAUGAUGGCGGAGGAGCUGAAAAAGGAGCAGGACACCAGUGCUCACCUGGAGAGAAUGAAGAAGAACCUGGAGACCACCGUCAAGGACAUGCAGCAGCGUCUGGAUGAGGCAGAGAGCCUCGCCAUGAAGGGUGGAAAGAAGCAGCUCCAAAAACUUGAAGCGAGGGUGAGGGAGCUGGAAAACGAGCUGGAGGCAGAGCAAAGACGCGGGUCUGACACCGUGAAAGGAUCACGCAAGCUGGAACGCAAGAUUAAGGAACUCACUUAUCAGUCAGACGAGGACAAGAAGACCGCCAUGAGGCUGCAGGAGCUGGUGGACAAACUCCAGCUGAAGGUCAAAGCGUACAAGCGGCAGGCUGAAGAAGCCGAGGAGCAAGCAAACAUCCACCUGACCAAACUCAGGAAGGUGCAGCAUGAGCUGGAGGAGGCUGAGGAGCGAGCUGACAUCGCCGAGUCCCAGGUGAACAAGAUGAAAGUCAGGAGUCGCGACAUGGCCAAGCAGAACAAAGACAGUGGGGAGUAGUCGUCCAUGGCGGCCAUCAAGCGGACAUCUGCUGUGAACCACUGUAGUCUGCAACAGUCAUCCCUCGCAUCGCAGUACAAACAACGCUCCCUCACUCCAUUGCGGUUUUUCAAAAAUUUAAUUCUCGUCGGUUUUGGUUGUCUAUGGCCUAUUAUGAGUCAAAUAUUGAAAGACAAGUCAUAUGUACUGUAGAACUCUGGUCACUAGGCAUCACUAAAGUUACAUUAAUGAGACAUUACAUUAACUCCAUCCAUCCAUUUUCUAUACCGCUUCUCCUCAUUAGGGUCGCGGGGGCAUGCUGGAGCCUAUCCCAGCUGACUUUGGGCGACAGGCGGGGUACACCCUGGACUGGUCGCCAGCCAAUGGCAGGGCACAUAUAGACAAACAACCAUUCACACUCACAUUCAUACCUAUGGACAAUUUAGAGUCGCCAAUUAACCUAACAUGCAUGUUGUUUUGGAAUGUGGGAGGAAGCCGGAGUACCCGGAGAAAACCCACGCGCACACGGGGAGAACAUGCAAACUCCACACAGAAAUGCCCAAAGGAGAAUCGAACGCAGGUCUUCCCGAUCUCUGUGUUGGCCAACAUGCUAACCACUCGACCACCGUGCGGCCCCAUUAACUUAACUUGCAAAAUGGACACAACCAUGGAUGCGGUACAACAUGACAGUGGAUCCACUUUUGGAUGUGUUUCAUCCUCAAAAUUCAAUAACAAAGACUAUCGAAAACAUUACAGCCGAAAUCAAGGUAACACAACAAAAACUUAAUCCAAUGACAACACUAGCCACUUAGUCACGCAAUAAUUAAUUAACAAACAAGAAAAUGAGGGGGCAGGGGGAAAGCACAUUUCCGCAACGGAGUUCAUGGCAAGUAACUUUUCCACAGAACCUACUCAACAUAGUGGCUUAAAAUACAAUGGGUGGCAAUUGUGAAAGUUGUGUGCAUUUUACCGCAGUUAUUUUAUUUGUAUUUAUUUUAUUUUAAAUGUACCGCUUGAGUCAUCGUCGUCAGCCGCCAACCACAUCAGGAGCCAAUGAUUGUUUGCACCGGCUGGGAUUUCAUUGUGCCGCACAGCGGCGACAGCGAAUCAGGAAGGGACUUCACGUCAGCUGACAGGAAUCAUGUAACAAAUGCUACAAUUCCACACACGGUGACUUUAAAUGUACUUCUUUUGAUUCGUAAUGUUACCCUAAUAAAAUAAAGUCUAAAUUCAAAAACAUCUGCCUCAUGGACAUCUUUAUCCAGCACAUAGUAUACAUUACACUAGAUCAGUCAUACCAAUAUAAGGAAUUCCAGGUUGCAUUGACAUCAAUGGAACUUGGUGUUUAAAAAAAAACUUUGUAAACAGCGCGCAGAGCCGUCCAAAACUGCUUUCAGGGCUCACUUCCAAACGAGCAAACCUCAUUAUCUGACGCAUUGGCAUCGUUUAACAUGAGAAUACAACAUUGUAAAAACUGUAAGUCAGAAAAGAGUAAAAGCAUAAUAGGUCCCCUUUAAAGAAUCCUCGUCCUCCAACAAGACGCAUUUGUCAUUUGAACCAAGCAUUGGAGCAAAGGUGUAAAUAUUCCAUCUUCAUGUGAGGCCACUAACGACGUCAACUUGCGUUUACCAAAAGCAGAUAAGCAUGCUUAGCAUGAAUGUGAUUAUCAUCAAUUCAUAAGUUUAUUGCUUUUUAAACUGACAGACUUUUUUGUGAGAAAAAGAGAAGCAUUGCAAAAAGGCAACAAAUACAAAACUCACUUGACAUGUUUCUCUGCUCAUAUUCUGUAUUACACAUGUCCUUACAACACCUUGAUUUGAUUGUGCAAAUUAAAUCCAUCAGUCAUUAUUCAGCAAUAUUCAGCAUAUUGUCUGUGCUGUGCGUGUGUGUGUGUGUGUGUGUGUUGAUGAACAGCAAAUGUGCACAAUGUGUGUGUAGACUGAGGUGGCUUCAGCCAGGAUAAACCUGAGCAUGGUGUCAGCUGAUGACAACAUCUUUGUAAUCCUGACGAGGGUUUGCCUCAAUGUAUUUCUUUAUGUACCAGCAGGACACUCGAGCCUUCAGCUUCUCCUCAAGCAGGAAGUCAAAGGCAGCCUGAAAACAACCAGAGCAUGAGUGUACAUCAGCCUACACGAGCCUACCUGAGCUAACGCAAGCCUUGUUGAGUCUACAUGAGCCAACACAAGCUGACCCAUGCCUGCACUGACAUGGCAAACACACUGCGAGUAGUCUGACCUUUGACAGCAGAGCGGCCACACCUUGACCCCUGAAAGACUCGGGGACAAAGGUGGACAGGAGCUCCACCUGGUUUGGCGCUGUGAACUUGUAGAGGAGUGUUGCUGUCUCUUUGGCUCCUUUGGGCAGUUGGAAGCAUAAAGAAAUCAAUAAAUUCAUACAUUUAAACUACAAUUAAAA